GCCCGCAUUCCGGAAGCCAGGGAGGUAUCUCUCUCUUUCCCUUAGGAUGAAAUGCACGUGAAAUCCAAAACCGAUGGCCCGCUACAAGCAGCCGAAGUAGCCGUCACCGAUCAUCACGCCGGCCGCCGUUCCCUCUGGCGCCAAUGGACUCGCCCUUACGCUCGGCUCUCCUGCCUUCAACUUGACGCGAGCUUCACGGCGGGGCCCGAUUCUGCCGGAUGUCUGCUGCUGACGUUUUUGCGGCUUGUGCACUGGAUGCUGCAUGUUCAACAAGUGGUGGCAUCAGCCAGGAUAGGUCACACGUAUCCCUUCAGGCUGUAGUCGAGGAACGGGUGGUGGGCGAGCCAUGUGCUACGUGAUCGUGACGUCACGCACGCUCCUGUGGACGCUGCUGACGGUGGCGACGACGUUGGCUAUGCUGGCGGCUGUCGUGACGCCCACCUGGUUGAUAGGCAUGCCCAAGAAGCCCCUCAUCCGCGGAAGAGUGCCACAGGCACCGCUUUACAGGCCGUCCAUAGGCAUCUACAACCGAUGCGUGAAGCUCCACCAGAUAGACGAGCUCUUCACGGACAACUGCGCCCCAUUCGUGACGUCACUCGGCAUGCCGGGCGAUGAGUUCCCCAGCCUUUGGAAGGCAGCGCUUCUGCUCUUCGGCUGCGGCUUGACGCUCAUGGGCUGCACCUGUCUCACAGCUCUCCUCGGAUGCUGCUUACGCAGCGUGGGCAAGAAGAGCAUCUUUACCGUGUCCGGUACAGUGCAGGCCAUUGCCGGGCUGAUGUUCCUCUUGGGCCUGUUGCUGUACCCAGCGGGCUGGGGCAGCCGCCGUGUGCACACCAUCUGUGGUCCUGAUUCGGAGCCUUUCAUGCUAGGAGGCUGCUCAGUUGGUUGGGCUAUGUACCUAGCCAUUGGUGGCACAGUGGUGACAUUCCUGUGUUCAGUGCUCUCCAUCCAAGCUGAGCUAUCUACAUCGAGCGACAAAGUGCAGGACGAAAUCUUACAGGGGAAGAAUCUCAUCUGCCUUAUCUAGAGACGGUUGAUAAUCUGUGCUUCGAGAGACUGUCGUACUUGUCGACACUGCCCCAUCGCCCUGCGAAAGCUCUGGAAAGCUGGACGUGAAAAGGCCAACACCAUUAGGGGAACAGUCCAGAAUGUGCCCAGUACAUCAUUAUCACGCUACGCUGUGUCAUAAGAAAUAGCGAUCACAUUUCAUACUGUCCUUUGAAGUGUUGAUCCAAGAACGGUUAAAGCCGAAGCUUUCCGUGGAUAAGCUUUACAGCGCUGUCUACAACGUUCGAGUACCUUACUAUUGUCAGACAUGCCAGAACUUCAGAUGUCCUCUGCUUUCGUACACGCGCUAUAGGAAUCCGUAACGUCUUGACCUUCUUAUAAAGUUACGGUUACUUGUCUACGCAAUACUAAGAAAUAGUGCCAACCACAGCAGUAUACAGUCGUAGCGUUUUCUUGCAGCUCGGGAAGGAUACACAUAGCGUAGCUGCCUGCUGCGUCUCAACUGUUUACAAACUUUUUUGUUUUUACUUCUGCAAGUGUUUCCCUGACCUAGAGGUGUAGAAAGUGCUGUAAAUGUUUUGUCUG